AUGAAGGCGCCUAUUCAUCUCUACUACGAGCUAAAUGGCUUCUAUCAGAACCACCGCCUCUACGUAAACAGUCGUAAUGAUGCGCAGCUCCACGGAGAAAACGUCGCUUUCGCGGAUUUGGAGGCCAGCUGCGGUAACAAAACCAUGGAGAACGACUUGAUCCUCAAUCCGUGCGGAUCGGUAGCCAACUCUCUGUUCAACGAUAUCUUCACUCUGGUCGAUUCUCCGUACGAACUCAUCGAAAGCGGCAUUUCGUGGAAGUACGACCGAGAGAAGUUCCACAAUCCGGCCAAUUACGGGGACGAAGGGUAUAAGUGGCUAUACCAGAGCUACCCGGAUCUGAUUCCAAAGGAUAAGAGCGACGAUCCUCAUUCCGCAUCGUACAAUGGCGGCGGUGUGGAGAACGAGCAUUUUAUCGUCUGGAUGCGCGCUGCGGCGCUUCCACACUUCCGGAAGCUGUACGGACGAAUCGAACAGGACAUUCCGGCGAAUACGGAUUUGAAGGUGCGGAUCUUGGCAAGUCUGGCUUUUGAACUUUAUAAACGAUAG